AUGGCCCUCUGCCAGAACAGAUUACAGGAGGAGCGGAAGCAAUGGCGACGUGACCAUCCCUUUGGCUUCUUCGCCAAACCGGCCCGGACAAAGGAGGGAGUGCUCGACUUGAAGAACUGGGAGUGCGGCAUUCCGGGCAAGGAGAAGACCAUUUGGGAGGGAGGCCUGUUCAAGAUCAACAUUGCGUUCCCCGACGAGUACCCAACAAAACCCCCCAAAUGCAAGUUUGUCCCUCCGCUGUUCCAUCCGAACGUCUAUCCCUCGGGCACCGUCUGCCUGUCGAUUCUCAACGAGGAAGAGGCAUGGAAGCCGGCCAUCACUGUCAAGCAAAUUCUUCUCGGCAUCCAAGAUCUCCUCAACGACCCCAAUCCCGAGUCACCCGCGCAAGCCGACGCAUACAACCUGUUUAAGAGAGACAAGGUCGAGUACGAGAAGCGUAUUCGCCGCGUGGUUCGCGAGAACCCGGCGCCGUAA